AUGAUUGAUGAUAAAAAAAAAAAGGAAGGCAACUCUUCCUCCUUCCUGAAAGAUGCUGCCACUUCUUUUCCUCAAAGGUUUAGAAAGAAAGAGGAGGAUGUCCAGUUCAAGAAGUUUGUGGACAUGUUUAAGCAAUUGCACAUCAACAUCCCGUUUGCUGAAGCAUUAGAUCAAAUGCCUAAGAAUGCUAGCUUUCUUAAUGAUGUCUUAUCCAAAAAGAAGAGAUUUGGUGAAUUUGAAACAGUAGCCCUUACAGAAGAUUGUAGCGCCAUUCUUCAGAGAAAACUUCCACCCAAAUUGAGAGAUAUGGGCAGUAUCUAUAUCCAGUGCAACAUUGGCAAACACUUUAAUAGAAAGGCGGUGCUAUGUGAUUUGGGAGCUAGUGUCAAUCUGAUGCCUCUUGCUAUUUUCAAUCACUUAAAUUUGGGUAAAGUAAGGCCAACCAUUGUUACAUUGCUCUUUACUAACAGAAGUAUCUCACACCCCAAAAGGGUUAUAGAAGACGCCCUCGGGAAGGUAGGCAAAUUCAUAUUUCCAGCUAACUUCAUUAUGUUGGAUUAUGAGGUAGAUUGGAACAUUCCUAUCAUCUUAGGAAGACCAUUCUUAGCUACCACAAGAACUCUUAUUGAUGUGGAAAAGGGUGAAAUCACCAUGCCAGUAAAUGAUGAGAAGGUCAUAUUCAACAUGAAUAAGGCCUUGAAAUUUCCAGAUGAUUAA